CACUGCCUAAGACGUUGGCGAAGGGUACGAAGGUCCCGGCGCCGCCGAAGAAGGCGCCGCCUGUGGAGGCCCCAGUGCCUUCAGAAGAGGUGUUUUCUAAGGAGGCCAAGCAGAUGCUGGAGAAGGAGGUAGCUGACUUGAGGGAGCAAUUGGCGGCGAGGGAGGAGCUGAAGAAGGCAUAUGAAACUCUACAAAAGGAGAACGAGAGCUUGCAGGCAAAGCUUGACGCAGCAGGAGCCCCAACGAAACCAGCGGGGCCUCCUUCCGCAGGGCCCCGAUGUGGUGACUGUGCAAGUAUGGCCAAAGAACGAGACGAAUUGGCCAAGAAGGUGAAGGCGCUGGAGCAAGAGCUUUCCGUCCUUCGGGAGUCACAGAAAACGCCCUCCGUAAGCAAGGCGCCUCCAGAUAGGAAGUUCAUACAGGGCUCCAAGGCACUGGCUAUUGUCAAAGCAAGCCCUGAACAUUCAGAUACGCCAGUGGCGAAAGGCCUUGCAGAAGGGGCUCCAACACGUCCUGGGGAAGAAGCAGCUGCGGAGGCCCGUGCCAAGCUCGAGAAUCUUGAGCGGGAGGUCGUUAUGCUGAGGCAGCAGCUCGCGGAUGGGCAGAAGAUAAAAGAUGAUUAUGCAGUUCUUGUGGAAGAGGCUAGCAAGCUUCGAAGUGAAAAUGAGGCAUUCAAGAUGCAGGGAGCGGGGCCUCCAGCUACACCAGGGAACGUCUCCGAGGGUGCCAACAGCAAAGAGAGGACAUUGACUGCUGCGGAAGCGGCUGCAUUAGUAAAAGAGCGGAAUACUUUGCAGGAAAGAGUGCGUGCCCUCGAAGAAGAACUGGCGGCCCUUCGCGCUUUGACAAGGAGCCCUGACAAGGCCUCACCAGCUCCCAAGGGCGCCGCAUCUCCCACGCCUACCCCACAGAUUUUACAGCCACCGAGCAAAAAGCCGCCUGCAACGGCUGCGAAGCUAGGAAAAGCUGUGAGUAGGCCAAGCACGCCUGACCACCACGAGACGUCUGCUGGAGAUGAUGGGGCACGAGCCUCGUGCGAGCCUGCAGAACCUCCCAUCGCAGGGGCAAAGCCUAAGCUGUUGCCACCGAAGGCGGCGAAAGCCGUGGCUAAAGCACCUCCGGGGACAGCUGCUCCCGCCGCUGAGGCUGACGCUGGGGCUCCGUCGCUAGUGAUGGUAGGGCCUCCAGUGAGCAAGACACAGCCCGGUCCACUGCAAGCCAAAGGAGCAAAGGCGACUUGUGCCGCAGCAACUCCUGCAGAGAGCGCAACAACAACGACCGCAGCACAAGCUGAGGUUAAGGAUACCGCGGCGGCGGCAGUGGAGAGUGUGAAGUCGCCAGCGACGUUGCCCCUGAAGACUGCAUCCCCAAAGGGCCCGCCAGUGGCCACUUCCGUAGAACAGUCUGCCUCCGUUGCUCUGGCAAAGGCUUCUAAGAGGCCAGAAGCUCCCCUGGGGAAGAAGGAACCUGGCACAGUGCUGGAUCAGGACCGCAAGACGCAUUCUGGUGACUCCGGUGUUUCAGGUGGAGAUGCAGGGACGCCUCCACCUGCUGCUGCAGCUGCUUCCGAGAAUGCUGCAGCUAAAAGCACUGCUGCUUCUGUGGAUGCGGCGAAGAGUGUAGGGAUGACACUGCCUAAGACGUUGGCGAAGGGUACGAAGGUCCCGGCGCCGCC